GUCGCUGAAAGUUUUGAGGCCAUGCAAGUAGGAUACUCUGCUGUAGUUUGGAUACUGAAGGAAGUGACGGGACUGAAUGAGAAAAAAAAAGAAAAUAUAUGAGGAUAAAAACAGAAAGCAGAUUACGAAGCAACGUGCUGUGUUACGAUCGAGAGAGAGAGAGUGGGAUACUACAUCGCGCAUGAUUCUGAUAUGCAUUGAAGUCGUGCGGGUCAAAGUUUUUUUUUAGUUGUUUCGAAGUAGCUGUGAAAUGAAAAGCAGAGAUUGAAUUCUUGAUCGAGGUAGGUUUACCUACUGUAUGCGUUUGACAAUUCACCCGAGUCGCGUUAAUAUUUGUACAAAAUCAAAUCAAUCACGGCAUGAAUUAUAGCGUAAAGCAUGGAAGACGAACAACUGGUUGGAUUUCAUAUAUAUAUAUUUUUUUUACAAAGAAUAGAUCGCAAAGGGGCUACCUGUUGAAACUGAAAUGCUACUAAAUAAUUAUAUGUUAAUAUUGAAUAGAGACGGUUGGAUUUCUCCUGGACUUUAGUAUUUUUCCUCUGUCAAGUUCAGUUCUGCGUCUUCUGGAAUGUUUGGGAGUUGUGUUCCACCGGUUUCAGCUCGAAUAAAUGCAUUUCUCUGGGCACUAAUAUUUUUAACAACGUUCGGACUUUGUUCAGAGCUGAAAGUUCGUGUUCGUUUAGCUGAUGGACAAAUCACAGAGGAAGUUCUAGAAGCAGACAGUGAAAAAGACUCCAUCACACUUGAGUUCAAACAGGAAGAUGGAACUCUCAUAACAUUUGUCGCUGACUUCAAACAGCAUGUGAAGAUCUUCCGGGCGCUCAUCCUUGGGGAGCUGGAGAGGGGCCAGAGCCAGUACCAGGCCCUGUGCUUCAUCUCGCGCCUCAACCACAACGAGUUCAUCCCCAGCGAGUCCAUGGCCCGACUCAGACAGAAAAACCCUCGAUCCAUUCGCACGGCGGAGGAGAGGCGGGGCCUGGACCAGCUGACCAUGAACGUGGCUGUGAACCUGAGCCAGGCGUGGCAGCUCAGCAGCCACAUCCACAACAUGUGCAGCGAGGCCCGGGAGGCGAUCUACACCCGGGAGAGGGACGUCAAACAUUGGCUGGAGAGAGGAGUGGAGGGCUCCAUGUUUGAGAUCCUGCCCCAGUCGGUGGACGUGGUCCCGGACCUGCUGUCGUGCCGCUCUACGAGAGACCUGUGGCAGCCCUGCUCCUGCAGCUUCAGCCUGCGUCUGGAGUGGUACCCCUGCCUGCUCAAGUACUGCCGCAACCGCGACACCACAGGCAAAGGCAGCCCCUACAAGUGCGGCAUCAAGAGCUGCAGCAAAGGCUACCAAUUCACCUACUAUGUCCCCCACAAACAGCUCUGUCUCUGGGAUGAGGAGACUUAGCAGCACACGGGCCGUGCAGUCAGACCCCCCCCCCCCACCCCAAACAAGCCAAUGCUUUUCUUUUCAUCCCUUAUUUAACUUGGAUAUCACGUUGGAGUUCAGUUCAUCCUGUCGUGAGAUGAUAGUAGUUUGACGCCUUAAAUGGGACAGUUUAGGUUGAAAUUGAGACCAAAGCUCUACCCUCUCAAUGACUCCUUUUGACAUUUCCUAUAGUUGGGAUGCGAGGCUGCCGAAGUGUCCAGGUGCCUACUGUGCAACCUAAAGUUCCUCUCACACGUUUGUUACUCACACGUUUGUGCCCCAGCUAAUAAAAAAUGACUACAAGAACCUCCUCUCAUGAGGACACGUUUAUGCAUACGGCUGGACAGUGCAGCUAUUCUACAUUGCUUGCCCAGUGGGAUGACUGGUGAAGGAACAACGUUCCCAUUAUGUUGUCACAGGAGACCGUGGGACGGGAUCGUAACGGUCAGUUGGACAGUAACUUAUGACGUCAAUAACACAGCUUUAGCCAGCUCUCUUCCUGGUCGAUGGCAACUCGGGUUGCAAUCAACACUGUUUCUCUGAUGCUGGGAUUAUUUAUUUGGUUGCAAAGUGAAAUUAUUGAAGAUUCUUAUGUAUAAAGUGACUAAUCUUAAAAGUUUUCUUUAUAUAAACUUCAUCCCAUUUUGUCUUUUGAUUUGUGUCAAUUACAAGCUUAAUUUCCAAAAAUUCUGCAUCUGUUAGCAAUUAGACAGUAGAACUAUAGCAAAACAGACAGAUUAUAUAAACAGUGUAAAAAAAAACAUUAGCAACACCUUCCUAAUAUUGAGUUGCACCCUCUUUUGCCCUCAGAACAGCCUCAAUUUGUCAGGGCAUGGACUCUACAAGGUG